AUGAAUGGCGGAGUCGAGCGCGCCAUGAGGAGCCUGCCGAGCCUGGGCGGCCUCGCCCUGUUGUGCUGCGCCGCCGCCGCCGCCGCCGCCGCCUCGGUAACCGCGGCGGGGAAUGUCACCGGCGGCAGCGGGGCCGCGGGGCAGGUGGACGCGUCGCGGAGCCCGGGGCUGGAAGGCGAGCCCACUCCCCCCUUCUCUAAGGCGACGGCCACCGCGGCCCAGACCUUGAGGACCGGACCCCCGCGCACUACCGUCCACCAGCCCCUGACGGCGUCCUCUUCAGCCGGGUCCCCGGAGACCACCCCUCUGCGGGCCACGGCCGGACCCGCUCCGACCACCUCUCCGGCGCCGCUCGGCCCCUCGUCGGCCGCCCCCGUGGCGGGGGAAAGCACCGCGACCACCCCCCGGCCGACGACCAGACCCGCGCCCACCACCCUCUCGGCGACCACUGGCCCGGCGCCGACUUCCCCUGUGGCGACCACGGUGCCGGCGCCCACCACUCCGCCGACCCCGACGCCCGGCGUCCCCCGGAGCAGCGUCCCGCCCACCCCACCUGCCACCGCGGCCCCCUCGCCGCCUCCCCCUCCCCCAGAAUAUGUAUGUAACUGCUCUGUGGUUGGAAGCCUGGAUGUGAAUCGCUGCAACCAGACCACAGGACAGUGCGAGUGUCUGUCAGGGUAUCAAGGGCUUCACUGUGAAACCUGCAAGGAGGGCUUUUACCUGAACCACACUUCUGGGCUCUGUCUACCAUGUGAAUGUAGCCCACAUGGAGCCCUCAGCAUCCUCUGCAAUAGUUCUGGGAAAUGCCAGUGUAAAGUGGGUGUCACUGGCUCUGCAUGUGAUCGAUGUCAAGAUGGAUAUUAUGGCUUUAGUAGGAGUGGCUGCUUGCCCUGCCAAUGCAAUAAUCGAUCUGCCAGUUGUGAUGCCCUCACAGGUGCUUGUUUAAACUGUCUGGGAAAUAGCAAAGGGGACCACUGCGAAGAAUGCAAAGAAGGAUUUUAUCAGAGUCCCGGUGCCACUAAAGAAUGCUUUCGCUGCCCUUGUUCAGCAGUGACAUCUACAGGCAGUUGUAUCAUAAGAUUGGGUGAAUUGGAACCUAAAUGUGUCCAGUGUAAAGAGGGUUACACAGGCCAGAACUGCAAUAAAUGUGAAAAUGGCUAUUACAAUUAUGACAGCAUCUGUAUGAAGUGCCAAUGUAAUGGCCACGUGGACCCAAUUAAAACUCCAAAGAUUUGCAAGCCCGAGAGUGGAGAGUGCAUCAACUGCCUCCAUAACACCACUGGAUUUUGGUGUGAGAACUGCCUAGAAGGUUAUGUUCGAGACCUGGAAGAAAAUUGCAUCAAGAAAGAAGUUAUUGUUCCAACACCUGAAGGUUCUACCAUUUUGGUUUCCAAUGCCUCUUUGACCACAUCAGUGCCCACCCCUGUUAUAAAUAGUACAUUUACCCCCACCACCUUGCAAACUAUCUUUUCAGUAAGCUCUGCUGAAAACAGCACAUCAGCUUUAGCUGAUGUUUCAUGGACCCAAUUUAACAUCAUCAUUUUGACUGUCAUCAUCAUUGUGGUGGUGCUGCUGAUGGGAUUUGUAGGGGCUGUAUAUAUGUACCGGGAGUACCAAAACCGGAAACUCAAUGCCCCCUUUUGGACCAUCGAGCUGAAAGAAGACAAUAUCAGUUUCAGCAGCUACCACGACAGCAUUCCCAAUGCAGACGUGUCAGGAUUGUUGGAAGAUGAUUGCAAUGAAGUGACUCCCAAUGGACAACUGACUCUGACAACAUCCAUGCAUAAUUACAAAGCCUAA